AUGGCUAUAGCCAUUACACAACAUUUGAUGAGAGUAGAUCAAGGCAAUAAUGCCAACCAAGGUAAUAAUGGCAACCAAGGUAAUAAUACCAAUCAGGGUAAUAAUGCUAACCAGGGAGGUGGACAGGGUAAUGGAGGGAAGGCUUCAGCACGGACAUGGGUCCAGAAAUUAAAUACUUAUUUCCAGCUUAAUCCCAUGCUUGAGGAGGAUGCGAUUAAGUAUGCUGCAUUACACUUGGAUGGGAGUGCAAACGAGUGGUGGCACCAUGAGAGGAGGUUGAUUGUACUAUUUGUGGAUGGAUUGUCAGAGCCUCUUCAUGGAUGGGUGAAGGGACAUGAUCCCCUCACAUUGCAGGAUGCCAAUCGGAAGGCGAGAGAUCUUGCACCUUCCGCUUCUAGGAGUAAGUUCACUCCUAAGGAUCCACACUUCAAGAAGGAUAAGGAUAAGAAACCUCUACAUAAGGAUUCUCAGCCUCAGAAAAAAGAAUCAAAGAGGUUAGAUGAUGAGACACUGAACGAGUUGAGGCAGAAAAAAAUAUGUUUUUAG